UAACAAACAAAUUACACUCUUUUUCGUUCUUGUCAAAAGAAAAAAACAGAGCAUUCAAACACAGAGCGAUAGCAAAAGCUAUGACGACGUUGCGAAGAUUUUGCUGCAAUGAUCUACUUCGUUUCACUUCCGUCAAUCUCGAUCACCUCACAGAAACCUUCAAUAUGUCCUUCUACAUGACCUACUUGGCAAGAUGGCCUGAUUACUUCCAUGUCGCGGAGGCCCCUGGGAACCGCAUAAUGGGUUACAUCAUGGGAAAGGUCGAGGGGCAAGGCGAGUCAUGGCAUGGUCAUGUAACUGCUGUAAGUGUUUCUCCAGAAUAUCGCAGGCAACAAUUAGCCAAGAAGCUUAUGAACUUGCUUGAGGAUAUUAGCGACAAAGUUGAUAAAGCCUAUUUUGUUGAUCUCUUUGUGAGGGCAUCGAACACCACUGCAAUCAAGAUGUAUGAGAAGCUUGACUAUAUUAUCUAUCGGCGUGUGCUUCGUUAUUAUUCAGGGGAGGAAGAUGGAUUAGAUAUGAGGAAAGCAUUAUCGCGGGAUGUCGAUAAGAAGUCCAUCAUCCCGCUAAAAAGGCCAGUGACUCCUGAUGAACUAGAAUACGAUUAACUCAAGAGAAAUGAAGUAUGAUCAUUGAUGGAGAAGACAUAUCAUGUACGCAUGAGUUGACAAGAGCUAGCAAGGUUAGCAAUCGUCAUCUUGAAAAAACUAUUGUACUUGUAUUCUAAAAACGUUUAUAUAACUUGUAUAAUUCAAAUGAAAAAUCAAGCUGAACCUUUUUCUUCAACUAUUUGAUACAAUAGUUUGUACUUAAACUUGAAACUGUUAGUUUCAUCCAAUUCUUUUUCAAUGAUCACUUAAUGUUUUUUGGGUAC